AUGGACGAGGGCAUGUCAGGCUUUUGCAUCAGAUCAGGAAGUGUCCGUGGUAAAAGUGGGAGCACCACUUCUUCUGCCACUGGCACCAAGUGUGGGCGUUGGAAUCCCACCACUGAACAGGUUAAACUUCUAACUGAACUCUUCAGGUCAGGGCUCCGCACCCCAAGCACUGACCAGAUUCAAAAGAUCUCUACUCAGCUCAGCUUUUAUGGUAAGAUUGAGAGCAAGAAUGUCUUCUAUUGGUUUCAGAACCAUAAGGCCAGGGAAAGACAGAAGCGCCGCAAGGUCUCUUUUGAUGACAAGGAUGUCAUUCGUAGACAAAACUCCUUCAAUACUUCCACACAAAGUCUUGCUGAGAUUCAAGUUUCAGAGCCAGAUAGGGUGAUUGAGACUCUUCAACUCUUUCCCGUAAACUCCUUUGGUGAAUCUGAACCAGAGAACCUGAGGUUACAUGCAAAUGAAUGUAGGGACAGUAGUACAAUGUUUUCAUACGCGGUGGAUGAACAAAUAGAGAACCCACCAUUGGACCUGCGCUUGAGCUUUCUGUAA